GAAUUUUAAUAUUUAAUAUUAAAAUUUUAAUAUUACUAUUUUCAGGCUGAAGUUGAAAUUUACUACUUAUAAUUUUCACACUGAAGUUGAAUGUGGGUAACUGAAACUGCAAAUAGCAAAACAGCUGAUAAGGGAAGACUACACUUGAGUUUUAUGAGACGGCUUAGGGUGUGCAGACGGGGUGGAGUCAGUCACCAGACAAAUCAAGUGGUUAUAGAAUUUGAACUUGAAGUCGUACCUCUGGCCUCCAGGGAGGGGUACAGAGAUCUGGAGAUGAGGUUAUAUAAAAUCUUUCACAGUGAGUUCUGGAAGCUUCAAGGUUGUGAACACUUGGAAAUGCUGGGAGAGUGACAUAAGAGAGCAUGGAAGUAUAUUCUGCUUUACCCCCUCUCCCCAGUACCUUGCCAUAUGCAUCUCUUCCAUUUGGCUGUUCCUGAGUUACAUCCAUUAUCAUAAAUUGGUAAACAUAAGUAAAGCAUUUUCCUGAGUUCUGUAAGUGGUUCUAGCAAAUUAUUGAACCUAAGGAGAGAGGUCAUGGCAGCCCCCAAAUUUGUAGCCAAGUGGAUAAAAUUACAGUGGUCUGGACAUUGGCUUGCAAUUGGCAUAUGAAGUGAGGACAGUUUUGUAUGACUGAGCCCUUAAACCUGUUGGUUUAGAUGCAACUCCAGGUAGGUAGUGUUAGAAUAGGACUGCAUUGUAGGACACCUAGUUGGUAUCAGAAUCAGAGAAUGGUAUGGGAAAAGACACUACGUAUUUAUUGUCAAGGAAUCACAGAAACCUCUAAUAAUUUGAAAAGAUACCACAUUCACAUAAAGACUUAAAUGGCAAGAAACACCAAAGUUUUAAAAAAUGUUUACAGAAAUCUUAAUGCCAUAGUCAGUACUAACUAAAUCUUAGCAUUGGAUACGUAUGAAUGAGUUUGAUGCCUACAAUAGCACUACGAGAUGGCCACCAUUAAGUGUUUCCAUUUUAUAGAUGAAGGCAGCCUCAGAGAGGGUAGGUCUUUGUCUAGUGUCACACAGUUGGCAAGAGCAACUUACCUUUGUAAAUGCCACCUUGAACACCUUUAUUCAUAGCCUCCUUCUUCCUACAGAUUCCCAUGGCAACAGAAGAGUUUGUGAAACCAUCACAGGGUGUUUGCAUGGAAUAGAGACUGAGGAGGCCCCUUCCGAGCACACUAUUUCUGCACAAGGAGUGUCACAGGCCAGGACUCCAAAGCCAGGUCCUUCCAUCCCAAACGCUCAUUCUUGUGAGAUGUGUAUCCUGGUGAUGAAAGACAUUUUGUACCUCACUGAGCACCAGGGAACCCUUCCCUGGCAGAAACCUUAUACUUCUGCAGCCAGUGGGAAAUGGUUUUCAUUUGGUUCUAACCUGCAACUGCACCAGAACCAGGACAGCGGAGAGGAACACAUCAGAAAGGAGGAGAGCUGUGCCUUGCUUCUGAAUAGCUGCAAAAUUCCUCUGUCAGACAAUCUCUUCCCAUGCAAAGAUGUUGAGAAGGAUUUUCCAACCAUCCUGGGCCUUCUUCAACACCAGACCACCCACAGCAGAGAAGAGUAUGCACAUAGAAGCAGGGAGACCUUUCAACAAAGACGUUACAAAUGUGAGCAAGUUUUCAAUGAGAAAGUUCAUGUUACUGAGCAUCAGAGAGUCCACACUGGAGAAAAAGCUUAUAAGCGUAGGGAAUAUGGGAAAUCCUUGAACUCUAAAUAUUCAUUUGUUGAACACCAGAGAACCCAUAAUGCAGAAAAGCCUUAUGUGUGCAGUAUAUGUGGGAAAUCAUUCCUCCAUAAACAAACACUCGUUGGGCACCAGCAGAGAAUUCACACUAGAGAAAGGUCUUAUGUGUGCAUCGAAUGUGGGAAAUCCUUGAGCUCCAAAUACUCACUUGUGGAACACCAGAGAACCCAUAAUGGAGAAAAGCCUUAUGUGUGCAACGUAUGUGGGAAAUCAUUCCGCCACAAACAAACAUUUGUUGGGCACCAGCAGAGAAUCCAUACUGGAGAGAGGCCUUAUGUAUGUAUUGAAUGUGGGAAAUCUUUUAUUCAUUCCUACGACCGCAUUCGACACCAGAGAGUUCACACUGGAGAAAGGGCUUAUCAGUGCAGUGAAUGUGGGAAAUCCUUCAUAUACAAACAGUCACUUCUUGAUCACCAGAGAAUCCACACGGGAGAAAGGCCUUAUGAGUGCAAAGAGUGUGGGAAAGCAUUCAUUCACAAAAAAAGACUUCUUGAGCACCAGAGAAUUCAUACUGGAGAAAAGCCUUAUGUGUGCAUCAUAUGCGGGAAAUCAUUUAUCCGCUCAUCUGACUACAUGCGACACCAGAGAAUUCACACUGGAGAAAGGGCUUAUGAAUGCAGUGACUGUGGGAAAGCCUUCAUCUCCAAACAAACACUUCUUAAGCAUCACAAAAUCCACACUAGAGAAAGGCCUUAUGAAUGCAGUGAAUGUGGGAAAGGCUUCUACCUUGAGGUUAAACUUCUUCAGCACCAAAGAAUCCAUACUAGAGAACAACUUUAUGAUUGCAAUGAAUGUGGAAAAGUCUUCAGCCACCAAAAAAGACUUCUUGAGCACCAGAAAGUUCACACUGGAGAAAAGCCCUGUGAGUGCAGUGAAUGUGGGAAAUGCUUUAGACACCGCACCAGCCUCAUUCAACACCAGAAAGUUCACAGUGGAGAGAGGCCUUAUAACUGCACUGCAUGUGAGAAGGCCUUUAUCUAUAAAAACAAACUUGUUGAGCAUCAGCGAAUCCACACUGGAGAAAAGCCGUAUGAAUGUGGUAAAUGUGGGAAAGCCUUCAACAAAAGAUAUUCCCUUGUCAGGCACCAGAAAGUACACACAACAGAAGAGCCCUAGCAAUUGUUGACAUGUGCCAUUGUCUUAUUCACCAUAACACACCAGAGAGCCGACUUUCCCAGGGAUCCGACAGAAAUUAAACCUCAUAUAUCUGCGUAUCAGUAGUUGAAAGAUUCACUACAAGGUCCAAGUACUUGGGAAACUUUCCAGAGAUUAUUACUUGUACUUUCUAAUCUGCCCAGUGUUACAACAGACACUACCAUGUGGCAUAGCCUCACAUUUUUCAUCAGUCACUCACAUGUGCUCAAGGAAUGCAGACCACUGUGCUCACCAAAUUCUGAAAGGAGUAAUAAAAGCCUAUUGAGGGUCCUCUUCCAUUUUGCUGAACUGUUCAAGGCAUAGACAAAACCCAAAUUUGACGAAGAAGAGCAAUCUGGAUUAUUGUAGCCCAUGGAGGUUUACCUUCUUCAUAGGUUUUUUUUUUUUUAUGUGAUUGCCAUAGUGGGAUAUUCCCUCCCCCACAUUACCCAAGAGGGACAUGGGGUGUCUCACCAUGUGCUGAUGUAUAUGUUCUGCCAAUGUGAAGAGUGAACAGCUCCAACUUUAUGUGCCCCUAGGGACAUAGUAUGAGAUCAGAAAAUAGUUUAGUCCUACGUGUCUUAAUUUUUAUUGGUUUCCAAGGUCUCCUAGGAAAGAGAGCAGAGCUGUGUGGUCCUAAUCAUGGUGUCGAUUUUAUGCCAGAUUUAUUUGUAGCUCCAGAGGUCUCCCUGAGAAGAGGCAUUUGUGACAAACUCAAGUGCUGGGGUCUGCAUGAAUUGUUUAUUUGCAGUGAUGCUCCGUAUUUCCUAGCACCGUUCAUGGCAUCUUAUUUCCCAGGUCCUUCAUUGUAGUCAUGGGCACUGAAGGACAGAAUUGGUAGGCAGGUCACUGGUUGUAAGACCUACUGGGGCCAGGUAAGAACAGUAAUUGGCCCAGACAGGUAGGUGUAAUAAACAGAGAGUGGAAAAUAUUGUAGCCAAGAAGGGUGGAUGUGUCCCAUCCAAAGGUGCAUCCAAAACUGUCUAUGUUACUAUGGCUUCAUGGUUUGGGAGUAUAUAGAAAUUCUCAGGACCUCAGACCUUUGAUUCUCCUUUGGCAGCACACAUUGUCAGCGUAAGUCAUCUGAAGAUUUUGUGGACUCCCAUAACUUCUGUACUGUGUUUGAGAUGAUUGCUGCAUGAGCAGGAAAGCAGGAUUUGAGAGAACAUACACCUUGCCUUUCAGAUAUGUGGUUUUUGUGAUUCACCCAGAUCUGUUAUGCCAGUUAGAAAUUACCUUUAUUACUUCCCAUUUAUUGCCACUGCUGAGAAGGCUGUCCUUCCUAACUUGUGAGGAGUGAAUCCUUAAUAAGUAAAUAUUGUGUUACCCUAUAGUCUGGUUUUCCAAAAGGAGAGGUAGAUGCAUAUUUUUGUGUGGAACCAUUUAUCUUAAAACAUUGAGGUGCAGUUUUUAUACACAAAACCUUCUUUUUAAGAAUUGUUUGUAUGGUUUAUUGCCUAAUUAAUGGGUUUUGAUAUUCAUGUAAUCUCAGUAAGUAUCUUGUCUUAGAAAUAUGUGUGUAUAGGCCGGGUGCAGUGGCUCACGCCUGGGAGGCCAAGGCAGGUAGAUCACCCGAGGUCAGGAGUUCGAGACCAGCCUGGCCAACAUAGUGAACUCCAGUCUCUACUAAAAAUACAAAAAUAGCCGGGCAUGGUGGUGUGGAUCUGUAAUCCCAGCUAUGCAGGAGGCUGAGGCAGGAGAAUCACUUGAACCUGGAAGGCGGAGGUUGCAGUGAGCCAAGGUCACGCCAUUGCACUCCAGCCUGGGUGACAGAGUGACACUUUGUCUCAAAAAAAAAAAAAAAAAAACCAGAAAAUAAAUAUGUGUGUAUAUAUUCUAUUUUGCGUCUUUUCAUUCACCUUAUUUCAUUCAGUCUUCCAAAUAAAAUGUUCUUAAUUUUGAUGAA